ACAUCUUGGGACAAGUUGACAGUAUCUCUCAGAUGAACCUCUGCUUAAAAAUAUGCCAUUUGUACAUGCUACUCAGUCUUCUUGAAACAUGGGUGAAAAAGACAACGAUAAGUACAACCAAGCCAACCAAAUAUUUGAAAGCUUUGUUCAAGCCUCAACAUGCAAAGGUUCGAUUCAGGCUUUUAAUAUUCUCACUCGCCAUCUUGAAUUAGAUCCUUUGGACAACAGGAACUUUUAUGCCAAACUUAAAUCAAAAGUGACCAGCUGGAAAGCCAAAGCUUUGUGGAAUAAGCUAGAUAAAAGGGCAAGCCAUAAGGAAUAUAAACGUGGAAAAUCUUGUACAAACACAAAGUGUUUGAUUAUUGGAGGUGGUCCCUGUGGCUUGCGAACUGCUAUAGAACUUGCUUUUCUUGGAGCCAAAGUCGUUGUAGUAGAAAAGCGAGACACAUUUUCAAGAAACAAUGUACUGCACCUCUGGCCAUUUACAAUUCAUGAUCUUCGAAGUCUGGGAGCUAAAAAGUUUUAUGGGAAGUUUUGUGCCGGAUCAAUUGAUCACAUUAGCAUUAGACAACUUCAGCUUAUUCUCUUCAAGGUUGCACUGCUGCUAGGAGUUGAAAUCUAUGUGAACUUAGAAUUUGUGAAAGUUUUGGAACCUCCUGAAGAUCAAGAAAAUCAAAAAAUAGGUUGGAGAGCUGAAUUUCUCCCAAUGGAUCAUCCCUUAUCAGAAUUUGAAUUUGAUGUCAUAAUUGGAGCUGACGGCCGAAGAAAUAGUUUGGAAGGUUUUAAAAGAAAGGAAUUUCGUGGAAAGCUAGCUAUCGCCAUUACUGCCAACUUUAUAAACAAAAAUACCACUGCAGAAGCCAAAGUGGAGGAGAUUAGUGGUGUUGCUUUCAUUUUUAAUCAAAAAUUCUUCCAAGAUUUGAAAGAAGAAACAGGAAUUGACCUAGAAAAUAUUGUUUACUAUAAAGAUAGCACACACUAUUUUGUGAUGACUGCAAAGAAACAGAGCCUUCUGGAAAAGGGUGUCAUUAUUAACGAUUUUAUUGAUACUGAAAUACUACUAUGUGUGGAAAAUGUAGACCAAGACAAUCUAUUGUCCUAUGCAAGAGAAGCUGCCGACUUUGCGACGGAUUAUCAAUUGCCUGCCUUAGAUUUUGCAAUUAAUCACUAUGGGCAACCAGAUGUGGCCAUGUUUGAUUUUACUUCUAUGUAUGCCUCUGAAAAUGCUGCAUUAAUACGUGAGAGGCAUCGACAUCAACUGUUGGUUGCUCUUGUUGGAGACAGUUUAGUAGAGCCUUUCUGGCCAAUGGGUACUGGUUGCGCAAGAGGCUUCUUAGCUGCAUUUGACACAGCAUGGAUGGUGAAAAGUUGGGCACAAGGAAAGUCCCCUCUUGAUAUCCUAGCAGAAAGGGAAAGUAUUUAUAGACUCUUACCUCAGACAACACCUGAAAAUAUCACUAAGAAUUUUGACCAAUACACUAUUGACCCUGCCACACGAUAUCCGAAUUUGAACUCAAGUUGUGUUCGACCUCAUCAGGUGAAACAUUUAUAUAUUACGAAUGAGCUGCAGCCGUGCCUACUAGAAAGAGCAAACACCAUUAGAAGAUCAAUUGGCCUUUCAAAACAUGAAUAUGACAUAAAGCCCAACAAACUUUUAACCUGGUGUCAGAAACAGACCGAAGGAUACAAGAACGUGAACAUCACAGAUCUCACCAGUUCAUGGAAAAGUGGCCUUGCCUUAUGUGCAGUUAUACAUCGCUUCAAACCUGACCUCGUUGACUUUGAUUCCCUGAAUGAAGAAGACGCAGUUGAAAACAACCAGCUAGCAUUUGAUAUUGCUGAACGUGAAUUUGGAAUUCCUCCUGUCACAACUGGGAAAGAAAUGGUGUCUGCCGGAGAGCCUGAUAAACUCAGUAUGGUCAUGUAUCUCUCAAAAUUCUAUGAGCUGUUUAGGGGGACACCUCUGAGAGCAGUUGGUACCAUGGUAAAGCAAAAUGGAGAAAGAAUUGAUCCUUGUUCAACAAAAUCUUCCAAAUUUGGCUGUAAUAAUUACAUAAACUUGACAUUUCCAAGGAAGAGAAUACCAAAAGUGGAAGAAAAUGAAACCAAUAAAAGGCGACGCAAAAGUCUCAUCAGUUUUGAAGAGUCUUCAAAUCAUUUAAAUCAAGAAAGAAAUUCUAGUAAUCGACCAAGGGAUUUGAAUGGAACAAUAAAUCGAAACAAAGUGAAAUCAAUGGCAACGCAGCUCUUAGCCAAGUUCGAAGAAAAUGCGCCCAAUGUUUCAUUAAGGAGACAGGAGCCGGUAAAUAGACCAGGCUUGCUUCUUUCUUCUGAAUCUCCUAUAAAUCCUCGCUUUGCUAAACCCAAGGAGACAACCAAUAAUCUGCCAUCUCCACCAAAGAAACAGAUAUCCUUUGUUGGAAAAGAGGCCACAGGUGUCCUUUGCAGUAUUUCCCAGUCUCAGUUCAUAGCUAAGAUGGACUGCACUAUCAGAAAACCCUUGCAGCCUUUGUCUGAUGAGCAACCACUAGCCAAGCCUUUGAGAUGCAUAAAACCAAGCGAGCCGAAGUCUAGAGUCUCUGAAACUCUUGCCUCUUCCUGUCCUGCUGCCCUUGCACUCUCUGGUGUGCUUCAGCGCCUUCAAGAUGUGGAGGAAAAAAUUAAUCAGAAAAAAGCUCAGUCCAUAGCCAAUAGAGAAUUUCAUAAAAAGAGCAUUAAAGAGAAAGCAGCUCAUCUGGCCUCCUUGUUUGGUUGUGUUGACAUCCCCAAGAAUUCACUUCCCACUAAAGGUCUCUCUCAUUCUCCGCUCCCAUCUCCCGCUUGUCUGCCAUCUCAUGAUUCAGCUGCUUCCUCUUCAUCUAUAAACUCUGCUUCCUCUGCUAUUCUUUCUGAAAAGAUGACAGUAGGGAAGGUGUCUCAUGGAAUAGAUGCUGUAGCACAAAUCCUUGUCAAUCUAUACAGGAAUGAUCACAAGCAUAAUCCAUUACCUGCAUCUUUGCAAUUGGGAUCUUUGAAAAGAGAAUUUCCUCAGACAAUAGGUGGAAGUGAAAUCUGCUAUUUCUGUAAGAAAAGAGUUUAUGUCAUGGAACGAUUGAGUGCGGAAGGCCAUUUCUUCCACCGAGAAUGCUUUAAAUGUGUCAUAUGUGCAACUACUCUCCGCUUAGCAACAUAUACCUUUGAUGCAGAAGAAGGUAAUUUUUACUGCAAGCUUCAUUUUGCACAAUGUAAAACAAAGAAUAUACACAGAAAGAAGAGAGCGGAAAUAAAGGAGGAAGCAGGACUUCAGAGGCAUCAAGAACCCAUGUGUGAAGAAACUAGCUCAGAAAGUGCUUUUGCUACUAGUAGCAGCUCAGAAGACCGGUCACCAGAGUAUUGCAACUAUCCAGUAGAUGAAUCCAUCUCUCCCAAGAAGUGCAAGAAUAUCCCCCAUCUUGACUUUAGAAGUUCCUUGGCCCCUUCUGAAUGGACUUUGGUCAAACUUAACCCAGAAGAAGAAAAAGUUAAUCACAAACCUCUGGCAGUCCAAGUUCUGCUAACUAGUGAUGGAAGCAGCUCAGAACUAGAAUCUGAUCUUUCUGGAAAUUCAGCCAUUCUUGCAUCCUCAGAAGAAAUGUUGCCAUUGCCUAAGCCCAUCUGGAAUUGUCUCUCAUCUUCAAAGAGAUCUCCACUGUCCACCACAAAUUUGGAGAAGGGAAGUGAUCGCCUUGAAAAAUCCAAAGCUGCUAAUGCAUUACAACGAGCCUACAGUCUUCGUGACCCUUCUUCAUCCAAAAAAUAUCAGAACUGGAAAAAGAUUCAGUCAAAUUUUCCUCUUUUGUACAACAAGAGAAGCGGACCAUCUUCAAAGGAUGCUUCUGCCAGCCUUCAGCAAGAGUUUGAGGAGAGUUGCUUUAAGACAGAGCUAACAUAUCCCAACAACAUUCCAGAAAUGAAAGGACAUUUCCAACCUCACGGCGCAGAAUUUCAAUCCAAAGAAAAAGCCACCAAGGAACCUGGACAAAUUCCUUUCUAUAUUCCUCAUCGCUGCUGCGUAGAUAGUUAUCUAGUGGCACAUAAUGAAUCCCUUUCUCAUGCUGAUUGGGCUACCAUUCCCAGUUCUCUUAAACUUGGUGUCAACCAGGGUGGUACCGAUGAACAAUAUUUAGGAAACGAUGCAGCAACCAAUCAACAACUGACUUCAAGAUUGUUUACAAAAAACUCAGAUAUAUCCUCCGUAAACCUUGAUGAAGGAGAUAAAAUUACUUCAGCACCUGCCAAGGAACAGCAAGACAAACCCUUAAACAAAGCAAAAAGUAAAAUAAUGAGGAAAUUAACCCGUGCUCUGAAGAAUUCUCCACCAGAAGGGGAAAGAAUUGCUCACCAAGGCCAAGGAAUUCCAGGGCCAAAGAAUUCCUAUCUUAGUAGAAAUGAACACAUUCCAAAGCAACCUAGUUAUACUAGGUCUCCUGAUUUCUCAGAUAACCUUUCACCAAUAUGGGACCCUGAGGAGAAAUUUCCAAAAUAUGUUCCUAAAUGCCCCAUUGCUGCUCAGCCUAAGUUGUCACUGAAGUUAAUGGCUGAUGACAUUAGAAAAUCCAUACUAGAAGGUCAGGAAAAAAGCCAAGAUGUGCAUACCAAAUUUUCUUUGGAAAAUACCUUUAAUUACUCUCAUAACCUGGCUCAUCCUGAAAUUUGGAAAAACACUAAGAUUCAAGAAGAUUCCAGUGCACAAACACAAGAGUUAUUUCUGUUGAAUCCUACAGAACGGGGCUUUGAACCCAGGAGUUCAGUUAUCUCUAAUUUUUCCGGUUCAAUUGAAGAUUGUCGGUAUGAUGAUAAAAGAGCAUAUUUUCUAAAAUAUGAUGUGCAUCAGAGAUCAUCCAGCAGUACUCACAAUAGACAUUCUUACUCUAAUAAAGUUGAUGUUCCCACACUUUUAGAAAGAUUUACCCUUAAAGAAAAUGCUCGAAAGUCCUAUAUUGAUUGUAAUCAAAAGAACAUGCUGCACCUAUCUUUAAGGAACAAAACGGAACGUGAUAAUGCUAUACUAGAUGGUCCAGUUCAGAGGAACAAUGUGUGGAAUCUGUUCAGCAGUUUGAGGAAUAAAGAUGACAGCAUUAAAAGCUCUUUGUUAACUCCAGCUGUGUCUCCCACUACCAUCUUCGAUGUUGAUAAAGUACUAAGUGAUUCUUCCAAAAGAGAAUAUUUGGGAUCUGGAGGUCUACCUGACAAGAAACAAGCAAUAGCUGUCUAUUGCUCAUCCUCCUCUGAUGGCGAAUGGGAAUAUCAGCCUUCACCGCAACGCUUGGUCAAAAGUAGAAGAAACAAAAGGUUGGAAAAAGAAACAAAGCAACUGGUUAAACAAAAGGAACUAAAUAGACUUCACAAAGCACAGGCUAUCCAACGGUUAUUGGAAGAAGUAGAAGAGCAACAGAGAGCCCUUGAGGUGUAUGGCGUUCAGUUGGAGAGGGAACUACGAGGAGAAGCAGAUUCAAGGACACAAGAUGAAUCUGAAUUAUUACAUGAAUGGUUUGAACUAGUACUGGAAAAGAACAGAUUAAUGCGCUAUGAAGCUGAACUCUUGACCACAGCCAAAGAUAUAGAACUGGAAGAUCAUCAGAAUGACUGGAGGAGAACUGAGAUAGAAGACUAACUAUUGGUGAUAAAGUAGAAGUUUAAGGGCCUAAUUGAUGAAUAAGAAACAUAAGAAAAACAGAAGAAUAGUAUUUCUUGGAAGGAACAGAAAGUUUCAAUUAGCCAAAGAACUUGGUAGAACUUACCAAAGAACUAUUUUGGUAAGUUUAUACUGCUUGACAAAUAUAAACACAGGAAGGUGUAUACAGUUCCUAACGGUGAGAACAAUAUAUCACUGGAACAGCUUAUCUUCAGAAGUUGUGGGUGCCCCAUCACUGGAGACUUUCAAGAAGAGAUUGGACAUCCAUUUGUUUGAAAUGUUAUAGACUCUCUUGCUUGAGCAGGGGGUUGGGCUAGAUGACCUCCAAGGUUCCUUCCAACUCUGUUAUUCUAUGUUUUAAAGUUCUCAGAAAACAAUUGUCCUUCCAGCAUAGUGAAUACCAUUAAUGUAUGCUCUCCAGUCACUUGUGGAAAGGGGGCAGGGCUUAUAGAAAUCAAAUAAAUAAAUCAAGUAAAUUAGGAUCAAAAUCUUAUUGCACAGUACAACUGUAGGGGAAAGGAAUAAUGCUCCAAUUGAUAAUGUAAAAAUAGCAUUGGCUUUUAUGGGAAAAGAAUGACAGAAUCAUAAAUGGGCCUUAGAUAAGUUCCACUGAGGAAGUAAUACUAGAAUGGUUUUUGUGUUCUACUUCCUGGAUUUUUAAUUCUGAGAAUACUUGAUAGUUACAAAACUGCAACACUGUUUUAGUUUUCCUUAAAAGUAAACAUAUCUUGUUGAUGGAUGAUGAAAAGACUUUCCGUGAUUGACAUACAGUAUGUACUACUACAUACCACUUAACAUUUUACAUUAAUUCUUAAGGUGGAGGAAGGUAUUCUUGUGAUUAGAAUGCCAUUGUAAUUAUGAACAGUUACAACAGUUGAUUAGAAAUUAUACUGUAUAUGUAUGUUGUAAAUAAAAAACAAAAAGGAAUCAGUUGCUGUUAAGAAAAUGCAAUUUAUGUGUUUGUAAACUAAAAGUCACUAUACAUGUUAAACUUUAAAACUAUGGUAGAUAUUUGUACUUUGUACAUUGUAAUUUAAUA